CCCUACCGAUACACAAACUAAAAACAAUUCUAAAUUCUAAAAAAUCUCAAAGCACUUUGCAGAAUCAAGAAAUCCUUUUAGCUUAGAACUCAUUAAGCUUCAAGAAAACAUAACCAACAAAAUGGCUUUUCUGAGAAGUUUCUUGGGUGGUAAACAAGCAAUGCGGAGGAAAUCAUCAUCGACACAAAGAGGAUUCAUGGCUGUUUACGUUGGAGAGAAUGAUGAGACGAAGAAGAGAUAUGUUGUGCCGGUUUCAUAUUUGAACCAGCAUUUGUUUCAAGAACUGCUGAGUAAAUCGGAGGAAGAGUUUGGGUUUGAUCAUCCUAUGGGUGGCUUAAACAUACUGUGCCAUGAAUCUUUGUUCCUCACCCUCACUCUCAGAUUCAAUGAAUUUCAACGACAUUCCAUUUUUAUGAUAUUGUUAUUUGAAGAUAUAUAUAUAUACAAUGUAGAGCAUAGGAAUUUGUUGAUACUUUCCCCAGGAAAUAGUUGAAAUUGUUUCAGUGAGAGGAAUAUUC